AUGUCCAUACAAAAUUCUCCACCACCAAGAAAUUAAAAUAAAAACCAAUCAUAGUACAAAAGUUUGAGAAAAUGAAUAAAUUAUUCAUAUUCCAAUUUAUCUCUAUUUUUGCCAUCUUCACAAAUUCUUGUCUUUGUGAAGCAUCUUCGGCACCUAAUCCAGUUCUUGACAUAACUGGUAAAAUUCUGCGAACAGAAAAAACAUAUUUUAUAGUUCCAAUCAAUGGCGAAAAAUAUGGUGGCGUUGCCGUGGAACCCACAGACAACAAUAAUACAUGUCAACUUAGUGUCAUACAAAAACGUUACGUUGAACCACACGGCCACGGCCUAGAAUUAAUCCCGGUCGAUAAAAAGAAAGGUGUAAUUCGCGUGUCCACUGAUCUAAAAGUUGCAAUUUAUAGUACCUACGAUUGUCUUAAUUCGACAAUGUGGCAACUAGAGAAAUAUGAUGGAGGGAGGUAUUUUGUUAAUGUUGGUCCUAAGGUUAGAAGAAAUUGGUUCAGGAUUGAGAAGUAUGGGCAGGGUUAUAAAUUUGUUUAUUGUAAAGUUAUUUGUAAAGAUGUUGGAGUUGUUAUGAUCAAUGGUCAGAAGCGUUUAGGGCUUAACGGUGCCCCUCUUGUGUUCAACUUUAAGAAGGAAAUUCUGGAAGGUCGUUAAAAUAUAUUCAGUCAUUCUGUUUUUACUUUAUCAAAAUAAUAAGUGUCUAUAAUAAGGAGUGCCCUUUGGUAAUAUGAAGGCAUUUAAUUUCCUAAUAAAUUAAACUUUGCAUUUUGUUUCUUCCUUUCUUGUCGAUUUUGUUUUGGG